GUUAGGACACUGCAUAUGGUCACAACUCACAAGCAUAAUACCCGUGCUCUUCAUUUUACAGCAAAACUGAGGCUUCCAGCCGGCAUUCCCCGAUCCCAUGAGCGAUCCCAAGCAUCGGCCGCCGACGGCGGCGGAGGUGGUGGGGCGACUCAAGGACGACGGCGACUUCGACGCCCUCCGCCGCGCUAUCGUUCGGAAGGUCAAGGACAACGAGGUGCUACGCAACAAAAUAAUCUCAGAGGUAAAACAGUCAGUGAUACUACAAGAAGAUGGAUCUGAGAAGUUAAAAUUAAAAGAACUUUCUGAUGCAAUUUAUAAAGAUAUUGGGAGCAAAAUAAUGGGUCAGAUAUCAGAUGAGGUAUGGAAUGUCAUCCAGUCCAAUGAAACUGAUAUACGGGGAACCGUAGAAGCUGUCUACAAUAGGAUACUGAACCCUGAAGAGGCCCAUGAGCCUUCUUCCAAGAAGCUGAAGAGGAAGGGCAAAGAGCAACAAGUUUUGCCAGCAAAAACACAAACUACUGUUGCUGCCGAGGCGGAGGAUGAUGAUCCGUUGGAACCACCAGGUUUUGGCAGAAAUAAUCAGCACAAUAACAUCGCAGCAGUAGCAGCAGCAGCAGCAGCAGCAGCAACAACAACAACAGUAGCAGCAGAGUAGACGCAGCAGCCGAAGCCAAAUUUGGAAAAUCAUAAUGAAGCGAAGUUAAAUGGAGGUGAGCCAGCUGCUGCCAGCGGCCCGGCGGGUGAUGAUGAUGAUCCUAUGGUGCCCCCUGGAUUCGGCUAAUGCAGCUUGCAAGCUUAAAUGACAGUGCGGUUGUUUCUUGGUCAGCAUGUAAAGGGAGAUGCCUUUUAAUUUCUGCUGACAGGAAGAGAGAUGCUUUAGCGCAUGUUUGCAGCUCUGAGGUGAGCAGUUCAGAUGAAUCUUUGAGUCCUGAAACCUGUGUUGUGGUGGGAAGUCUGUGCUGCCCUUGAUAUCUUUUUUCUGUAAUGGUGGUGGAUAUGUUGGUGGUUGACAAAGUUUUCCUUGUGCGCGUGGUUUCAAAGUUGCGUUUCGCGCGCUGAUUUCUCUGAGUAUAUGUUUUUUUUAAGAUUAUAUCUC